AUGUUCAACUGCAACGAGAUGAAUGGAAACAACAUUGGGAAAGCCAAAAAAACAAAAUAUACGCUCCUAUUGCUUACCUUAACACUACUCCAGCUCAGUUGUAAUGAAGCUUUCCCUAUUUGUUUAAACAACCUCAGGCUGAAGAAGGUCUCCCUUUCUGUUUCGAUGAAAGAACACUUGGAAAUUGCUGACGAGACGUACAGAGCAAAUUUACAAAUUGCUGAGUUUGCGAACAAAUCUUCGCGAAGAAAUUUUGCACCGGCUAUGGAGGCGAUUCAUUUGCUCCGAUCACUAGAGCACCCUGACACUGUGGGCUACAAUUCCGUGCUUAAAGCGUUAUCUAGGACGUCGAGCCCCUACAACAAAGAUGCUGUAAUACAAGCGGUCGUCUUGCUGGAGGAAAUGGAGAGUCUCAAUAGGGAACAGAGUGACUCGAAAGAUGAAUGGUACAUACGUCUAAGCGAAAACUCUUUGGACGACGAAGAAGUAUCAAUGGGCGCACCGAGAGUAAGAAUAAAACCGAAUUGCAGAACAUACUCCACAGUAAUGGAUGUGUUUGCACGACAGAACAAUCCAAGCUCAGCUGAACGGGCCCAUGAAUUGCUCGAGAAGCUCAAAGACAAAUAUGAGGAAACCGGUGAUAUUGCAUAUCUUCCGAGUACUAUCACAUACAAUACCGUAAUUAAUGGUUGGGCGAAAGCCGGAGCGGGUGAACGGGGUGCAUUCAUUUGUGAAAAUCUUUUGAGUGAAAUGGGAGACCUCGCUGAUGUGAUAAGUUUUAAUAACGUGCUCCAUGCAUGGGCUAGAUCCGACGUUCCCGAUGCUGGCGAGCGCGCUGAGAGAAUACUUCGAUCAAUGAACACUGUGAGACCGAACUCUAGAACGUAUAACACUGUAAUACAUGCUUGGAGUCGAUCGACGGCCGACGACGCGACAAGGCAUGCACACAGUCUGCUUCGAGAGAUGGACGAGCUUGCGAAGGACGAGCCCAGCAUGUCGCCUGACUUUUUCUCGUAUUCCAGCGUUAUUAAUGCAUUGGCUUUGGCUAAAUCAGAGCCUCUCAAAGCCCACUCAUCCUUCCUGUUGAUUCAGCGAAUGAACAAACUGGCGAAGGAAAACCAAAGGCUGCGUCCAAAUCUUAUAGUCUACAACACCGCUCUGAACGCUUGUGCAACCUCCUGCCCGAUUCAAGUACAGAACAAAGUGGAGGAGGAUGGUCGAGGAGAACGACUGCCCAGUCUGCCAUUAAUAGUACGGACGUUGUAUGAUCAAUUGACACAGGAUAUCCACCUCACACCUGAUCAUGUAACAUAUGGUACGGUUCUAAAGGCGAUUGCAAAUUUAUUCCUAGAUGAACCAGAUCAAGUUGAUUUUGGAAAAAGAGUAUUUCGAAGUGCCUGCGCAAGUGGACAAGUCAGCGUAGGAGUUGUCCAUCAACUGCGUCAGGCAGUCCCUUCCUACGUCUUUCGUGAAUUGGUUCCUGAAGCGUGCAUUUCAUCCGAUGAAACUAUUGUCAACAAAUUUCCAGAGCAGUGGGUGUGCAACUUGCGUGAAAGUACUCGUCAGAGAAAAAUAAGAAGCGAUGGUGUGAAAUAA